UCAGCAGGGUCCCAGAAGAAGAACAGAACCACCAGAUUCAUACGCCGGCGGCGGUGGCGGCCGUGAUUCCUGGAGAAGGGGGAGAGAGAGUGAGAGGAAGAUGGAGAAGGCGCUGAUGGUAUACGGGGAGGUGCUGCGGCUGGUGAGGAAGCUGCCCAAGGACACGAGGCCGUACUACGCCAAGUACGCCCGCGAGAACUUCGUCAAUUACCGGGACGCCGACGCCGGCGACCCCAGAGCCCUCCAGGAGCUCUUUCACCGCGCCUACAACCACUCCAUCUGGGUCCUCAGCAAGUAUUCCAUGGAUCAGUCGGCAGCAGAUAGGCUCAAGGAGAUCUGCUUCAACUGAUGAGCAAGUAAAUACCCGCCAGUCCCUCUGUCCACUAUUUACUGAUUCAGGCUGUGAUGGAAACAUGAUAACAGGAUUGUGGGAUAGCCCGAGGAAGGUAAUGGAAUGUUGUAUUAUUGGACGGUUUUCUUGUGCGUGGUUCGAAACAUUCUGCUGCUUAUAGAGGUCCAGCUUCAUCGUGCGACUAUACUGUUGUUUCGUUUCAUUAUAAUGGCAGGAAGUUUUGUUUUCCCUUCGACGAAGUUGUGAUAGCUACUGCUCCUUGUUGAGAGUAAGGCAAAAACUGUCGAUGCACAGUUGCAGGAUAUCAACUAAACUAAUAGCAAGAAAGAAUUAUGUUCUGCUUA